CGUGCAUUGUUGGCGUUUGGUAUUGGUUAUGGGUUGGGACGACGACGGUCAGAAAACAUUUUCAGCAUAUCUGCAUGGUUAGAGUAUAUCUUUUUUCGAUUUCUUCUUUCCAGCAUAUCUUCGAAACGCGUUGUAGGGCAUCCUUGCUGCCAAUUUGCUUCCCACGGACAGCCAAAUGAGAGCCCCCUACAACUGUUUGCUCGCAUUCGCUUUCUCCCUUACACUGAUGGAUCCAUUGACGUGGCACCGCUCACAAAGAACGUUUAGUUCGUCCAUAUCUCCAACAAUCCGGUGUGGUUUAGUUGGCUAUAAUACCUGCGUGAUCGCGUUGUCAUCUCCACUCGGGGAUGGCAGGAGACCUGAGUUCGAUCCUCAGCGCCGGACACCUAAUUCUUUUGAAUCUCUAUUUUUUGUCCGCCUAGUUUUGUUAAAGGGUGUUUAGAUUAACGACUGGUGAAUUGGGGGCUGCGCUAGUUGGUUUCUAGAAUUAGUCAAAGAAAGCACACACGAGCCUAGAUGGGGG